UGCUGCAGCCACAUUCUGGCUCUCGUUUGGCCAGCACUUGACCAUCGAUACUGUUCAUCUAAAACCAUACGCGGCUUUGGAUCCCGUGUCCAACCUGUAGCCGUAAAGCUCGUGUCCGAGGCCUUGGUGGAAAGCGCGAUCGAACCUAUGGCGCUGUGGCAAGUAACGUUGUCCUUGGCCGUCAGGAUUCGUGCCUAG